GCUGCCACACGCACCCCACUCCCGCACACGCCCGCGGGUGCCCGUGGCCUCUCGAAGGGGAAAGGGCUGCUCUGAAUCUACUCAUCACCCAGCCUGUAUUUGUGCUUGGGAUUGCCCUGACCUGUGUGCAGAACCUUGCAAUUUGCCUUGUUGGAUUUCAUGAGCACAAGGAACUGAUUGAAACUCCAGGUAGAAGAUAAACUUAAGAAUAAGAAGAAACUUGCAUACACUGAAAAGAAAUCACAGAAGGAUUGUGGAGAAGGAUCUAGAGUACAAGUUCUGGUAGGAAAAUGACUCGCCUGGCACAGGAGCAGGAGUUAUGAGCCAUGUCCCUGUGAGACCUUCAGAGUUACGAGCAAAUGCCUGGAGAAGUCCAGUUGCACAGAGCAGCACUGCAGCUGUUGUGAACCGCGGGCAUCUACGUCUCUCAGACUUGCUCCUCUGGCCACGAGCACUCCGCCAGCAUUUCCUACCCCACGAAUGGCUACUCAGAGGAAGCACUUGGUGAAAGAUUUCAAUCCUCAUAUCACCUGCUAUAUCUGUAAAGGCUAUCUCAUCAAGCCAACUACAGUAACUGAGUGCCUACAUACCUUUUGUAAGACUUGUAUUGUUCAACACUUUGAAGACAGCAAUGACUGUCCCAGGUGUGGCAACCAAGUGCAUGAGACCAAUCCACUAGAAAUGUUAAGGCUGGAUAACACCUUAGAGGAAAUUAUAUUUAAGCUGGUGCCUGGACUUCGAGAACAGGAACUGCAGCGAGAGAUCGAAUUUUGGAAGAAAAACAAACCUCAAGAAAAUGGACAAGAUGAAAGCCCAAAAGCUGAUAAACCCAAAGUUGAUGAGGAGUGUGAUGAAAAUGAAGAAGAUAAAGACUAUCACAGGAGUGACCCACAGAUUGCUAUUUGCCUUGACUGUUUACGCAACAAUGGGCAGUCAGGAGAUAAUGUAGUCAAAGGUUUAAUGAAGAAAUUUAUCCGCUGUUCUACUCGAGUGACCGUGGGAACUAUCAAAAAGUUUCUCAGCUUAAAAUUAAAACUUCCAAGUUCUUACGAGCUGGAUGUACUAUGCAAUGGAGAAAUCAUGGGGAAGGAUCAUACUAUGGAAUUCAUCUAUAUGACAAGAUGGAGACUAAGAGGCGAAAACUUUCGGUGUCAGAACUGCUCAUCUUCGCAAGUCUGCUCACAGGAUGGCACUUUUUUUCAGUCUUACCCUAUGGUACUUCAGUAUCGACCUAGAAUUGACUUCGGUUAGACCAAAGGGCCAGAUCCCACUGAGAUGAAUCCUGCACUAUUUGUUUACCCAUCGACAGAUUGCACAAUGAAUGGAUGUGCCUGGAUUAGGGGGACACAACCAGAUUUUCAGCAUGCAAAUAAGGACAUUGUCUUUCUUAAAAUCAUCAGUUGCAUCUCUGUUGUUUCUAUUAGAGCAAGCCAAGUGCCAUUCUGCUACUGAAAUGUGUAUCUUACGAGUGUGCUGUAAAUCAUAGCCAAAAUCAUGAAGUGUACAUUCAAGAUUCAAAAACUAUGGAAUAUUUUUGCUUGCGUGUUAAAAAAUUUUUCUGGUCCUAAUAUUGAUUACACUAGCAAAAUGGCAACGUGCUCAUUCCAUGUGGUGUUGCAGUUUCACACACUUACUAUUUUACUGAAUAUUGUUGUUGAAAUCAUAGAGUACUGUACAAAUAACUAAGGAUUAUACCUUGAAAAUAUUUUGUAUAGAAAAUAUAUUUAGAAAAGUGGUGAUUGGUCCACUACCUUUUUCUUGAUAAGCUUCUCAUGGGUCCAGGUAUAGCUCACUCAUGAGUGUGCAACAGUCCUUUUGCAGUGAAUGAAGAUUAUUUACCCUUAACAAGAGAUGUAGAACAUGGUAAUUCAAAACAGUAAUUUUAAAUCUCCUAAAUAGAUUCUGCUAAUAUUGCUUAAAAGCAUCGCAGCCUUUGUGAUUGCACUUUUCUAUGGUUUCCCUAAAGAUUGGAAUUUGGGAUACUAGCUAUUUUUGGACAAUGGCUUCUGGUCAGAUUACAUUUCUUCUAAUAAUGCCUCCAUAAAAAUGAAGUUUAAAAUAAUGUAAAUGUCUAUGGGACAAAUAAAUUUCACUAUAAGAUUACAAACAAGGAAAAAUUUUACAUAAUUAUUGCCUUUCAUAGUAAAAAUUUCCUUUUAAGAUUGGUUGCAGGUAUAUAAUAUGCUAAGACAAAAAUAAUACAUAGCUUUAAUUACAUUAUAUAUCUCUUGUGUCUCUCUGGAGUUUAGAAUUCAUUACAGAAAUUUCCAUUAGUUAAAGUCACAUCAUAAAACUAUUUCCAUAAAAUUAGAGGUAACGCAAUACUGAAGAUAAGCAGUCUGACCAAAAUAAUUGUUCAGGUAAUUUUUUUUCUAAGACCUGGUAGUGCUGGAUAAAAAGUGAUUGUUGCCUUAGGUAUUGCAACCGUAAUGGUUCUAGUAUAGAAUGUUUAUUGGGGUUUCCGGUAAUGUUGCAGGGAGCAUAGUAAUGUGUAUGUUUUCUUUAGUCUUCUGUUGUCUUUGCUCUGCUUAAAAGUCAGUUGAGUUUUUCACUUCAAAUUAUGUGGAGAUACUUAUAGUUCAGUACCUUUGUGUAAUUUCUACUUCAUACACACCUGCUAGUAUUGUAGAUUACUAUUUACUUUCUCAUGCCUUUUGCAUACAGCAAAAAGGAACCAAAUCGAUUUUUCAGAAGCUACUAUAGAGUGAAGUAAUCAUUCUUAGAUAGGACAAAGUGAAAAAUCUAUCUUGGGAUCAAGUAUAGAAGAUAGAUGCAAGGCUGUAGUUCCUUUGUAAAUUUAUGUUCAUGUGUAUUAGUAUGUUUCUGUAGGAGAAAUAAGCAUGUUGUGGAUUAAAUCUGGCCCCUUUAAUGUUCAUAGGAGUUCUAACAUUGAUGAUUUGAGGAAUCCAUAUAUAGUUGGGUUGAAUUCUACCAUUGCACUCCAAAGCCCAUAUGACAUGCAGAAAUAAAGAUGCUGUCGGUAGCAGUCUGUUUAGGAAACCUGCCAUUGCAGGUCAAGGUUGCACAUAUUGUGCAGAUGCCAGUGAACCUGGGGAAGCAAAACAUUCAGGAAGCUGCUGCUCCUUUCUGCAGGCAUAGUGUGCUCACUGAUACAGGUACUGGCUUACCCACACCGUAGAUGGGAAGGGUGCACAUGCUGGCUGCAGGAAGCAGUCAUCUUUUUGCCCACCCAGUCUAUGAUGUGCUACUUGACAGAAACAAUAGGAUACUCCAUUUGGGAGGCUAUUCUCCUCUGCAGAGUCUCUAGGGAAAAAUAGGUUCUUUGUGUAUAUAGAGGUCCUCCUCAUGGAGCAGCUUGGAAGAGCAGAGCGUGCAUUCUAAUUGCAAAUCAUUCUUCUCUUUAGUAUAUACAGUUGUUUUGUAUGGUAGAAAUAAGGUAUUAUUUGUAAAUACUUACAUGCACAUACAAAUGACACCUUACAGUUUUUAUAUAUUUCACGUGUUUUUAUAUCAGAAUUUUCACCACAGAUUCACUUGACGCAGAACACCUGUUUCAAUUACUUGCAGUAGUAAUGGUAGUACUCUUAAGCAUACUUUCUGCUUGGUUCAGGGGACAAUUUUUUUCUCAACAAUUGCACGUUUUUGACAAAUCUGAACAGACUUAUUUUAAAAAGAGAAGAACACAUUAUUUUUAAUCCAUUUCAAGUUAUCUUACACAGAAGUUUGCAUCCAUCUAACUGGGCCCCUGAAAUAGGACUACUUUGUGUUGGCUUCUAAAUGGCAACUAACAGAAGAUUUGACUGUUAAUGACUUUCUACAUUCACAAUUCAGAGAACUAUGAAUUCUCUUGAUUAGAAUUGGACAUCAGUUUAAUUCAUGGUAUUUUCUUGAUGCAAUUUAAAGAUAGAUUACAGAAGGCAAAUCUUCAUUUUAAGCAUGGAAAAUACUGACAGAUAUGAUUUAAUGUUCCCAGAUGAGAGUCAUGGCAUUAAACGCAUACAAUCUAGCCACCUACACUUUAUGCAUCUCUGAUUUGAUGGCACAGUGCCUGAGUGCUGUUAUAGUUUAAUAUUUUGUAGCAGUGAAGUGCCAGUGAAAUACAUAUCUUAACUGGGCAGCUUGUAUAACACAGGCAUUGCCUUCUUUACUGGAAAUUUCUCUGUUGUUUAGUGUGUAUGUGCCAUGUGUUUACAGAUAUGCAAAUUUAAUUCAUUUGUGCCAAUUAAGAACAUAAGAACAGCAUAGGAAUAUGAGGAUGCGUGUACAGAUUCCUGUGUGCCAAAGAUGGGUAAAGUGAAAUAAGUACCUAAGCAUUCCAUUAAAACUGCACCACACGCCAUCCUAGAGCAGAUGACUGUAUACAGUCACACUUUCUGAGCAUUUUCAUGACAAAGCGUCACCACUGCAUGUUUGUAAAGACUAGGAAUAUAAAAUAAGUGUUGCUGCCACUGUGUUUCUAUGGCUUUCCCAUAUUGGCAGUACCUAGCUGCAGAGAAAUAAGACCUAAAAUAUUCUGUACUACUACCUAACCAUGCUGUCUCUUUCUCGGAACAUUUGGUGCUUUUUUUUCUUUCCCUAAAAGUGAAAAACUUGUAUCUGCUUUUAACUCUGGGGUAACUCAUUAAUGAAAGACAUAAGCAACUUUUUGUUGAGUUUAGCUGUGUGCUGCAUUUGUCUAGUAAGAAACUGUAAGCUAGAAUUUACAAAUGAGAUCCUCUGAUACCUCAAACAAUAUGGAAUUAGACUAUUAAUGAAGAAAUGUAUCUUCUAUCAUGCAUUACUACACUGCUUGCAGCUAAGGGCCUAGUCCUAUAAACAUAUUUUUAUUUGGAUGAAAUACCAAAUGAGAUUACUAUAGUAAUCUAAGUGACUCAUCACUAUAGUAGGUACUGUUCACAUGAAAGCUUCUGGGAUUUGGGUCCUAGGAGUAUGCAAUGCUAUACGUAUAUUGUGCAUACUCAGCUAGCUUGCAGUUCUUAUGCAAAAAAAAAAAAUAUAAAAAGUAUUAUUUGACUUUACUGAAAAGGUUAUGUAAAGCAAAGUGCCUGAUUAUUAACACAGAAUACCUUUUAAGCCCAUUAUUUGCAUUUGGCAGAGUAAUAUUUGCUUCUGUAUUUUAUCUAUGUUCUUAAUAUUUUCAGCAACAAUAUUUCAUAAACAUGCCAUACUGAGAAGCUUUCUUUCAUGAGAAACAAGCAGAAAAAUAAAUGUGUUCUGUUAGAUAAUUUAAAAUCGAAAAAACCUUUUAUAUUCAAAUUAUUUCAUUUUCUGCAUGAGGAACCCUUGAAUUCUAGAUCAUGGUCUUUUUUUCUCCAUAGGUUCCAAUAAUUGGACUUUUCUCUUCUGCAGUUAUCAAAAACUGUUCCAGUGUAGCUGCAGGAGAAAAAAGAUUGAUCACAUUCCCUUUAAAUGUAAACUAGGCUCUUGUUCUCCACUGCAGACAAAGCAAUGGUCCAGACUCAUCUCUCCCACAUAUAAUUGUUAGGCAUGACUUUGUGAGAGAAGUAAACAAUUUUUCCUUCUCUGCUGUUUUCUAAAAUAACAAAAUAGUCCAGGGUUUAGUCUUCUAUUUGAACCAAUCACUGAGUUGUAUUGUUCCAUUUGUGGGGUUUUUUACAUUUUCAUAUCACUGAAGACACCGAGAGGCAUUCACUUCCCAGAAAAAAUACUCUUGGGAGGACUUGCAACAUAAGGAAUAGCAUCCACCUCAGCCAGAUACUAUGUCUGGUAGAAAUACGAGAGAAUAGAUAGUUGUUCAAAGCCAGUCCUAAGUCUCAAAAGAAACAGAUUGAGCCCUGUUUCUAGAGGGGCUAUAAUAAAAUACUGGUCAAUUACAUGGACUGAUCAAACUCAUUUUUAUCCCAGAAAAUACCAAAGGCAGUUAAGACUUACAUGCCUAUCCACAAUGAAUAUAUGAACAGAGGUGCUUAAAUCAAGAUCAUGGUCCAGUUUCUUCACCUGACUUAUACAGGUUGAAGGCGUCUGUUUGCUUCCAUCAAAAAUGUAUAUAUCAUUCAGGAUUUUACUUCAUGCUAUGUUAUUUUAUUAUUUAGCUCAUUUAAAAUGUCUAUUCAGGCACCCUCUGUCCUGUAAUUAAUUCUAGGUUCUUAAACAUAUUUUGCCUAUUCCCAUAUCCCACCGUAUUUCAUGCCCAAGUAGAAACAUCGAAGAGCUAUGAAGGAGAAAUUGGACAUGAGGAAUCAGCUCAAUAGGUUUCCUUUGUCAGGCAGCUCUCAUGGAUUCCAGCAAAAUUUUCAUGGUUCUACAUUUUGAAUCCUUUAUAGCCAGUUUGAACAAGGUAAUGCUUCAACAGGGUGUUCAGCUAAAGACACUUGAGGAAGGAUUGCAGUCUGCUGGAGCAUGUUCCAGGAUGAAAUCCGAGACACAAGUGGGUUGAUUUGCCCUAAAGGAAAUGUGAAAAGCUUCCAACUGCUCAUUUACCACUAGUUUUAUCACAUAUGGGUAGUCCAGCCUUCAGACCUCAGCUGAAACAUCCUUCUGUAGGAAUGUCCUCCAAAAGACGAUCUUAUGGUAAUAUAUUUUUCUUCAUAAGCAGAUCUACCUGUUGAUUUUUUUUUUUUUUAAACUGCUGUCUAUACUGUCUGUAGAUCAGAUUAAAACAUUAGAUUCCAGAAUAGGAAAUUGAUUAAUUAAUGAAUUCCUGACAGAUUCUUCCAUCCUAGGUAUGUGCCAUAAAUGUUCUGAAUUUGGGUAGCUUGCUACUACAGCUGAGUAAGGAUGUUUCAUUCUCUAGUGAGUAAUUUAGAUCCGUACAGUUCUGGAGUGUGGCAGUGAAACAGAGGAGCUCUAUAGAUGGGUUGGAAUGUGCAGGCCACCUUUUGUACUUGCAGAAACAGAUCCAGUUUGUAGGCUUAGAAUGGAGGGGACAUUCUGGAAAGAUGGCUACAAGUGGAAGUUUUUGCCGUUACAUUCAUUUUAACCAAAGAGAGGCAUUAGUUUGACUUGCGUGUUUAUCAGAACCAUUAGGCAUACUUUUCUUUGAAAUAACUUUUAUUUGUAGUUUUAGCAAAUGCUUCUAACAAGGUUAAUAACAUGACAGUUGACAGGAUGAGGUGAACAGAAUGAGGUGUGCAUUUCCUUUUUCCUCAUGAUAGUGAGUGGAAAGCAAAGUAUGAGUUGAGAGUAGCUUGCUAUACAAUAUACAAAAUUGCUGCAACAGUAAAACGUUUGUGCUGCUAGUUAACAUACUGAGGUCUGUAUUACAAAUGAAGUUGUAAUAAAGAUGUUUAUUAUCAAAGUGCGAGGCACAUAUUUUAUGAUGCUAUUCUAACCCCUAAAAAUCUGUUUUGUAUUUAUAUUGAUUAUAGUAGACAUUGUUGCUGUUGUCUUAUGAAUUUUGAUGCAGUAAAAUGAAACAUGCUUUGUUUUUACUGAAAAAUAUCACAUACUAAUUGAUUUCAAAUAACUCUUUGUUGUCAGAUAUUUAGUUUGUUCAUUAAAAAAGUUCUUUUAAAAUAAACUAUUUUUAUGGAUAAUCUGAUUGCCUAAUAGUUUUAAGGGACCUAUUUAAUACCAAAGGUAAAGCCACCCAGAAACUGACUUGGAAUAAGGCAUUGACACCUUUCUGGAGUGCAGUGGUCAUGAGUUACACCUGAAAUCAGUCAAGCAGAACUUUACUGGUGGUAGCUGUCUGUGUCACCAAGCUAAAUGGUUAGGCACACCUAGGAGUUUCCAAAACAAAGUAGGAAAGGAAAAGAACAACAGGAGUAGCAUAAAGGUUGAGUUAACGGACCUAGAGUAGCUCUUUGAGUCAUAGCUCAUGUUCCCGAAAAAAAGCACAAAGGCUUGCAUUACUGAUGUGUCUGCUAUACCUGGCCUGUGAACUAAUAAAAAACUUCAGUGUGCUGUCAAUCCUGUAAACCUUCCAAAGCACAAAAUAUUCACCAAGCUACUUUUGGGUUUUCUAGUUGUAGUUCAGUGAUAUUUUGGAGGGUGGAAAAGACAGACUUUGAGGAAUAAGAAGAUAUUAGGUAUGUUUUACAGAUUUUUAUAGAUAUUUUUUUAGCAAAUGGCGUUGCUGUCCUUGACAUGAGACCAUUGAUUAGCAAGAAGUUGAUUAUUUUACUUGUGCAGAAUAAAAUAGAAAGAAUAAAGAAAUCCAAAUAUCUUGAUUUCCUUUUCCAGGAUAGUGAUUAAAUAAACUGGAAAGUAAUAGGACAAUUUAAUUAUUUAGCUGACUGAAAUAUUUCAUUCUAAAAACUUACUGAUCAUAUUUUUUUCCUCAAGUACAAGCUUCUUAGAAUAAACAUGAAGCAAUGCAUCAUUUUUUCCCUUAUUGCAGACUUAACUAUUGAAAGGAAAAUAUUUUGCGUUUUUUAAAAUUAAUGCAAAGCCUGAAUUGUUGGACGUUCCAGGCUACUGAAUGGAUGAUGUAGAGUUACUCUCAAUGGAUUAUUUGGGGGAUGGGGGCCUAAGUGUCCUUAUAUAAGCUGUGAUCCAAGUUAUGAUAAGAAAGGAGCCUAUGGUGAGCAGUAAUAAUGUUCCAAUGCUUCCUUGCAUUUGAUCAGUAGUUACCAGUUUUUAAUAUAACAGCCCUCACAGUACUUAGGAGCUCAUAGAACAUAUUGUGAUGUUUUGUUGCUAAUUUGUUUUAAAAUAUAAAAUGUUUUAAGCUUUUUGUCAAAAGUGAUAACAUCAUAUUACAAAUAAACCUUUUUGUGGUUGUAAAAUUUAGCUUAUAAAUCAUUCAAAUUGAAGUGAAAAAACACAGGUCAUUGUUAAUGACAGUCUAUCCUACUAUUAAGAAUAUAUGUAUUUUUGUAAAGGAAAAGCACUUGUAGAUAUUUAAUCAGUCCAAUAUCUAUCUAUGUUAAUGUUUUGGAAAAAAAAGAAAACAAAAUGCUGCUUAGAGAAUCACUUUUUUUUUUUUUGCUCAAAUGCAUUUUCUGUUGAUUUAUGGAAUGUUUAUUCUGUGUGAAGUUGUAUAGUUAGUACAGCUGGGCUAAAUGCAUUUCUUAAUUUAAUCAAUUGUAUCUGACUAUGAUAAUACAUUUUCUAUCUGAUCAGAAAGCUGAUUGAAAAACAUAGACUGGUGGUGCUGUUUUUCAUCUUUGACAUUAGCCUCAUCCUGCCUUAUAGCAUUUCUACUUCAUAAUGAUUAUUAAAAAUACUAAUAAUUUUUUUGUGAUAUUUGUGUUUUAAUUGAUGUUUUAGGGUAUAUUUGGUUAUUCACUUGUAUUUUUUUAUGCCUACAAACAUUUUUACAAAAUGGUGACAGAAUUUUGCAUACAGUAUUUAAAAAACAGUUUCCCAGAUGAAAAAGUAUGCCAGAUUAGUAAAGUUUAAUACUUACUUUCCUCCAAAGGAAACUACUGCUGGGUACAUACAAGGAACACGAUUGCAUCACUAAAGUUUCUAAGCUUUUGUACAAAUAGUAUUUUUUAAAUUCAGAAUAACUCUUUCUUAUAAUGUGACUAUUUGCAGCCUCACUCUUAACUGUGUUUUGAUUCAACAUAGUGGAUUAAGACAGUUUCAGGAAAAAAAAAAAAUAACAAACAGUAAAGCAAUGAAUGUUAUUAAAAUACCGUAGAGAGAGGUGACUUCAUUUAUUUGUAGUUUUUAGUGUACAUUCCAAAAUGUAUUUAAUUAUUUCCACGGGAUUCUACGGGGGUCUACUCUGUGGGCUUGAUGCUGAGUUAAGCUCAUCAGUUUGACCUCAGUAGAGCUACUUUCUUUAAUUAUCAUUGUAGCUACAACUUGAAACAACCCAGAUUUCCCCCUUCCUCACUGAAUUUCCUUUCACUGGUGGAUAAUAUUGUUUAAAUUUAGUCUUAUUAUGUUAACCUAGUCAUUAGUAAAUAAGUUUUGCAACACUGAGUGUGUACACUAGCAGUAGAAUUCAGUGUUACAAACUCAGCUGAGUAAAUACUUGCAUAGUUGUCAAAUUGAGGGAGAAUUUCACUCAGACUAUGAACACUUGUAAUGGCACUAUCUCAUUAAUACACAUGCUUCACAAUGAUCUGCAAGUGAUUAGGUUUUGAUGUAUUUUAUUAUUUGAAUAUUGUCCAUUUUGAUAGUUUUUGUAAAAAGCUAAUUUCUGUAUUAAUUCAUUGGAGGAUAACAUCUCAGAGUCCAGAAAGUAACAUUUUAAAAACUUCAAUCGAUUUGAGCUAUGACUGCAAUACUGGUAUUGCAGUCUUGUAUCUUUCAAAGAACCAAAUAUGUUGUGUUUUGAAGUAUUUAAAAAAGCACUGUAAAUUUCACCCAGUUCUACCAAAGUAAUGGUUUUUUAAAUCUGUGCUAAAAUCCUUAGAAGUCGAGUGUGGACCUGUAAAAAAUGAGAUGCCUCUGAGUUAGCACCAGUGUGCAAUUUGGUAAGGGAAGUGUUGGUACUAGGGGGUUUUUGGCAAAACCCCAUGGUCCUGCCUCUUGUUGUAGAGUGAAGGGUGCCUGUUCAGAGCUGCAUCUACAUUUGUAAGCAGAUUUAUUUUACAACAACAGCUCGUGCAAAUCCUGUAAAUGGACCUUUUAGAGUCUUGUGUAUAAACAUAUCUGAUACGUAAUGAUAUUUCUAAUUAACUACCUUUAUGGCUCAGUACCAGUGAUGUUAAAUUGAGUGCUUCAUGCUAAUGUCAAGAAUGUUCGCAGCACCUUUAUUACAGCUGAUACCAAAUGACAAUUUGGUCUGACUUGUAUGCUGCAAGAUGCCUCUAGCCCAGUUGGAUUAAUUUUACGAAAAAUCUAGAUGAGCAAGAAGUAUAACUAAUCUGCUUACUAGCACUGAAUUGCUCCUUUCUCAAAGCAAUAAAUAUAUUCAUGUUGUAACAUCUGUUGUGCAGCCUACAAUACGAGUUGUUUUGUUGCAUUGUUUCUAUAUAAUUUAUUUUGUGCAAUAAAAAAUCUCUGGUUUUAUCUGA